AUGACUGGUUCCGACAAAGAGCCGGGCAGCCCCUCGGACCACCACCACCAUCAUCAUGUCUCCAUCUCCGCUCUCCGCAACAAGUUUGAAACUUUGGCUCACGACACCCGCGACUAUGUGAGCAAGUCGCGACCGGUAUCACCGAGGCCACCAGCGACACCAGCAGCCGACCACUCUGCCGAGGCAACCGCACCUCACGCGGUCGAUCCUCCCCUCGCUGAUGAGCCGCCAGUUGCGCAAGAUGAUAGCAAACCUGCAUCCAAGCCACCACCCGUCAAGGAGACGACGGUGGUAACUGCUGUUGGAACGCCCGUGAAUAUCCCUACUGCAGGAUCGACUGCCAAAGUUCCGCCGCCGCGGCCGCCGAAACCCUCUGCCUCCUCUCUGUCGGCAUCUCCGAAGGCACCGGUUCAGAGCCCGUCGCCUGUUCUGUCACCGACGCCGAUAUACGAGAGAUACUCCAGACCUCGGUCACCCCUUUGCCAACCGAGCCCUCCACCUAGAGUUGUGGCGUCACCGGAACCGGGUCCUCCUCUGGUAGCGGAGGAGUCUCCUGCGCCAGCCCCAGGACCUAUCCCUGCUGGCCCGGCAGGCGAUGUUGACGAAGCACCACAAUCCUUUGCAGCGAUCCGUGAGCGCUUCGCCAAGGGAACAGCUGCGGCAGCGCCAUCAUCAUCGGGGAGCCUCACUGCCAAUAAGCCUGGAGACACUCCUAGCACGAGAUCUAGCUCCGCGAGGACGUCACCGGCACCCUCUGUUCAUGUUCAGGCUCCUACAUUGCUGCCCCCUUUGAAGAAGGAGAAGCCAGGAAGCCCUCAUCCGCCUUCAUCCUUUGUCGCUCCUCCGUUAUCGACGACAGAGGCUCCAGCAGUGCCAGAUUCGCGACCGAAGGUCGCUUCAAGCGGCGCGUCAACUGCAGAAAAAUCGGAUCGCGCUCCUCCUCCGCCUCCUCCCAUCUCUCGGUCGGCGUCUCCAUCCAGAUUGAUGAGGUCUGCUUCGCCAGCUGACCUGCAGCGGUCUGCUUCGCCUGCGAAUCUGGCGCCUGGAGGACAUACUCUCACCGCCUCCCCAGUCCAGUCCCCGGUUCUGAUGCGGUCAGAGUCGCCUGUUGAGAUAGAUGAGCCGGUUCAGCUUGACCAGGCUCCGCACUCACACCGGCCACCUCCGCCGCCGCCUCCGAAGAGCGCUGCGCAAAGAGAUGAACCCGUCAUCCUCCAACCCACGCCGACGCCGCAUUCGCAUCGGCCGCCCCCGCCUCCGCCGAAGAAGUCGACGACCUCGGUAGCGUCUGCGGGAUCAGCGGAUUCUCAGACAGGCAACGUUCCGAAACCUCCGUUGCCGGUCCGCCGACCAACUGGCAAUGCCGGAGAAGGUGCGAUCCCAGUGGCUCCGCCUCCUUUACCCCAGCGAUCCAACACAUUGGGACCGUCGCCGGACCUGCCGACGGACACGGCAAAGGCGUCUAGUCGACCUCCCUUGCCGGGCAACAAACCGGCUGCCCCAACCCCGAAGAGUCCUUCUCCACCCGAGUCUGUGCCGCAGCGCCCCCGCUCUAGGACGGUGGCGGGAGCUCGGCCAGCAGGCGCGCCUCCUCUGCCUGUCCGCCAAAACACCAUGUCCACAGGCCAUUCGCCAUCACCAGCGUCACGAUCCAGGGCAUCGUCGGUCGCCGAUCGAGGUGCGCUGCCACCGCCACCCCAGCGCAGCGACACGGCGUCGACCGGGUUGCACCGCAGCUCGACCGUUAGCUCGCGUGGUUCGGGCUAUGCACCCCCACCGCGACGAGACACGAUUUCGACGCCUCAACGCAGUGGCACGAUUAUGGUACCCGCUGACUCGGACGAUGAGGACGACGCGUCCGCCACUGCAACGCCGGGACUUACAUCAAUGGCCGCACGACUGUUGGAGGAGCACCCUGACGGCUCCCAGGCGAACCGGCGACCGCCACAGUUCUCGCCUGACAUUGAGAUCAAGGCUGCUCACUCGAUAACGGCGUUCACAGUGUAUGGUCGAUUUGUGGUGUGCGCGCACCACCAUGUGAAAGUGUACGACUCUCACCUUCCUGAAGGACCGAUUUUGGAUUUCGACCCUAAGCACAUGGGCCUGGACAGCAAGGUGAAGGAGCCGCGAGUGACGUCGCUGUGCUUCCGACCGUCGACCAACGACGCUCACGAAGGCCGCUAUCUGUGGUGCGGAAAUCGGGAUGGGCACAUCUGGGAGCUCGACAUUAGGACCGGCGAGAUCACGGCCACGCACCCGGGCGUGCACUCGGCAGCUGUCACGCAUAUCAUGCGCAGCGGUCGCAACAUGGUGACGCUCGAUGAGUUUGGCAAGCUCAAUGUGUGGGAGGUGCCGACAACGGACGGACCCGAAGACGAGGGCGGCGUGAGGAUGGUGCGCAACCUCCGCAUCACCGAGAAGCCGACCUUUGUCAAGAUGAUCCGCGGACAGCUGUGGGCCGCCACGGCGCCUGCGGUGCGCUCGACGACCAACAGUGCGACUGCGCGUGGUCCCACUGUUCGCGUAUGGGACAUCACUUACCCGGGCACGGCGCCGCCGCCACUCAUGGCGCUGACGACGGAGUGGACGGGCUCGGCGACCUCGGCGGCGGUGAUGCCACUCGACCCGUCAAUCACGUAUAUUGGCCACGAGGGCGGCUUUGUGUCCCUCUGGACGAUCAGCGAUGGGCAGCUACAGUGCGUGCGCGUGCUGAAGGUUUCGAGCACGGACAUCCUGUCGCUGGAAGGCGUCGGCGAGCGCCUGUGGGCGGGUAACCGGCGAGGCGAGAUCCACGCCUGGAAGCUUGACGAGAUGCCGUGGGUAACGACGAAUAUUUGGAACGCGCACGGUGAUCAGCCAGUGCACACGCUAGUCGUGGACCCGUACAGCAUCGAGGCGACGCGACGCUUCAUGGCGUGGUCGUGCAGCCGCGACACGCUGCAUGCGUGGGACGGUCUGCUCGCGAUCGACUGGAUCGACUGCCAGAUGGUUGCGCGCCAGGAGCAGUACUGCGAGUUCCGGGAGGUGCGCAUUCUCGUCUGCUCGUGGAACAUCGACAGCGCCAAGCCGACCGACCUCGUCGGGGGUCCGAACUCAAACUUCCUCCCCGAGCUGCUCUCAUCUGUCGAGAGCCCCGACAUCAUUGUCUUUGGCUUCCAGGAGGUCAUUCCUCUGACGGACAAGAAGCUGACAGCGAAAACGCUUUUGUUCGGAAAGGGCGGCAGCGACCGCGUGUCGGGUGUGUACCAGGCGUGGGCGGAAAAGCUCUCGCUCGAGGUGCGCAAGAACCUCGGUCCGUACACAAAGGUGCACUCGGAGCAGCUCGUGGGUCUCUUCGCAGUUAUGUUCGUAAAGACGGAGCUGCGCGACUCGCUGCGAGACGUGUCCGUGUCGACCGUGAAGCGCGGCAUCGGCGGCAUGUACGGCAACAAGGGCGCGCUCGUGGCGCGCAUGGUGCUGGACGACACGUCGAUCUGCUUCAUCAACGUGCACCUGGCCGCGGGACAGCGGCACAAGGCAGCGCGCAACGCGGACGUAGCCGCAAUCAUGGACGACAAGGCCGUCUUCCCGCCUGCCGACAAGCUGCCGUACGUGCACGGCGGGGACGGCAGUGGGAUUCUGGACCACGAAUUCGUGAUCCUGAACGGAGACCUGAACUACCGUAUCGACCAGCGGCGCGACGUGGUGAUUAGCGCCCUGUCGCGGGGCGACCUAGCCAGCCUGCUCGAGCACGACCAGCUGCGCAAGGAGAUGAAGUCGAACCACGCCUUCCGUCUGCGCUAUUUCGCCGAGGCGCCCAUCGACUUCCUCCCCACGUACAAGUAUGACCCGGGCACGGACGAGUACGACAGCAGCGAGAAGAAGCGCAUCCCCGCGUGGUGCGACCGGAUCCUCUUCACGAGCUCGCCGCGCAUCAGCGCCAUCAACUACAGGCGGUACGAGCCCACUGUCUCGGACCAUAAACCCGUCAGCGCCGCGCUGGCUGUGCAGGUGAAACGCGUCAUUCCGGACAGGAUGCGCAAGGUGCAGCGUGAGAUUGACCAGGACUGGCAGCUGCGCGAGGCCGAGUUGCUCGUCAAAAUGGCAGACGCGUACAAGGCGCUGUACUAA